GGUUUCCCAGGAGCUGGAAGCCUUCCCACCAUGGGCUGCCGGGCCCUCCCGUGGCUGCUGCUCCUCCAUGCUGCUAUUCUACAGGGAGCAGAACAUGAAUAUGAAACAUCAGAAACUUUUGACACUGAGAUCCUAACACCAUUUCCUGGAGACUGGCCACAGUUGCAACUGGUGAAUGGGUCAGGCAGAUGUUCUGGACGUGUGGAAGUUUUCUACCAUGGCCAGUGGGGCAGGGUUUGUGAUGACCAAUGGGACAUGAAUGAAGCUGAUGUGGUGUGCCGGCAGCUGAACUGUGGACGGGCCCUCACAGCUCCGGUUGGGGCCCAAUUUGGUGAAGGCGAAGGAGACUUUCUGCUGGAUGAUGUGGACUGUACAGGAACAGAGAGUUUCCUGGGAGAGUGUCCUCAUGCCGACUGGUCCAUCCACAACUGCGGUCCUGGAGAAGAUGCCGGUGUCAUCUGCUCAGAGAAUGCUGAGGAAUCACAGCCAAUGCCCCAAGUCCUACCUGCCGCUGUCUCACCUCAACACCCUCCUGGAACUGCUGUGCGCUCCACACCACCAGCACUCUCAGCUCCCGCCAUCCCAGAAGACAUUAACGACCCAACCAUGCCACCAGUCUCAGCACAUAAUGAAAAGUUACCAACUGUCUUAUCAGUUCUGCCUGUGGUUGGCUCACCAUCUUUGAGUCGCAGAGCCAGUGUCCCUGGGCCCAGCCCAUCAGAAGACUGGCCUGUGCUGAGGCUGGUGGAUGGCACAGGAAGAUGCUCUGGACGGGUGGAAGUUUCCUACCAGGGCACCUGGGGGUCAGUGUGUGAUGACGGCUGGGGUCUGGAGGAGGCGCAUGUCGUGUGCAGGCAGCUUGGGUGUGGCUGGGCAGUGUCUGCCCCCCUGGGCGCCCACUUCGGCCCAGGCUUUGGAAAGAUUGUCCUGGACAAUGUGCACUGCACUGGUGAGGAGAGCCACCUGACCCUGUGUGCCCACACCUGGCUCACUCACAACUGUGGUCAUGAGGAGGACGCUGGAGCCAUCUGCUCGGAUUCUGUGAUGGCAAGCCCCUCCCCUCCAGAGGCAGAAUUAUCAUCAUUAUCAUCCUCAUCAUCAUCGUCACCAUCAGCAGCCUCCUCGUCAUUGUCAUCACUGUCAUUAUCUCCAUCAUCACUGCUGUCAUCAUCCCCAGCAUCACUCUUACCAACACCACCGCCAUCACCAUUAUCAGCAAAAACUAGUCUAUCUACUGCUGAAAUACCAACUGCCCCUGUCACCUCUAGGGAAGAACAAAUGCCAAGAGCCGACGGUGUCUCAGAGCCUCCACUGACCACAGCCCCUGAGGCCUUGACACCUGCACCUACAGGGGACUGGAUGGCCGUGAGGCUGGUGGACGGCAUGGGAAGCUGCUCAGGCCGAGUGGAGGUUCUCGUCCAGGGCACCUGGGGGACCGUGUGUGACGACCUCUGGGACCUGGCCGAGGCCGCUGUCGUGUGUCGCCAACUGCAGUGUGGCCAGGCGGUGGCGGCCCCCACAGGGGCCCACUUUGGGGCAGGCUCUGGGAAGAUCAUGCUGGACAACAUGCAGUGUGUGGGCAGCGAGAGCCACCUGGGGCAGUGCGCGCGUGGGGACGGGGCCCAGCCCAACUGCGGGCACCUGGAGGACGCCGGCAUCGUCUGCACAGGUCCAGCCUCAAGCUGGGCCCCUGUGCGGCUGGUCGGCAGCCGUGGGAACUGUGCGGGCCGCGUGGAGCUUUUCUACCAGGGAGUCUGGGGCACUGUGUGUGAUGACCUCUGGGACCUGCUAGAAGCGAACAUCGUCUGCAAACAGCUGGGCUGCGGCUGGGCCGUUGCGGCCCCGGGAGAGGCCCGCUUUGGGAAGGGUUCCGGGAAGAUCCUCCUUGACAACGUGCACUGCCGGGGCGACGAGGGGCACCUGCAGGAGUGCUCCCACGUUGGCUGGUUCUCCCACAACUGUGAGCACGGCGAGGACGCCGGCGUCAUCUGCUCAGAUGCUGACUACGCAAUGGUCACGCCACCAGGUCGCCCGCUGGCGGUCAUGGCAGGGAUGAUGGCUGCAGAAAAACCUCAUUGUGGCAGUGUUAUUACUAAUUCAUCUGGAGCAAUUAGGAACCCCCCGCAGAACGAGAUGCAUGACAACAUAACCUGUGUGUGGGAAAUCAAGGCAAACACGUCUGAUCACGUACUGCUCGCAUUUCCGUAUCUUAACCUCGACUGCACCAAUGAAUAUUUUGAAAUCCUGGACGGCCCUCCAGCCUUGGCCAAGUCCCUGGGGAAGACCUGCUCUGGAACCUACCUCACCUACUCGUCCUCCUCCAACUCAAUGACCCUCGUGUACUUCCGAAGCUUCAACAACAUAGGAAAGAACUUUGUUGCUUAUUAUUAUUCUGCAACCAAAGAGGCAGUUUCACGGACCCCGAAUCUGAUCACAAUCCCAACAGCAGCGCCCAGGACAGUAACAGCAAGACCAGGGGACUGGCCAGAGCUGCGGCUGGCGGGCAGCUCAGGCCGGUGCUCAGGACGCGUGGAGGUCCUCCACCAGGGGACCUGGGGCACUGUGUGCGAUGACCUGUGGGACCUGAACGAAGCUGAAGUCGUGUGCCGACAGCUGGGCUGCGGUCGGGCCGUGUCCGCCCUCGGGAAGGCCCACUUUGGCCCGGGCUCUGGAGACAUCCUCUUGGACAACCUGCAGUGCUCUGGGGUGGAGCGCUACCUGGGCCAGUGCGCCCACGCGGGCUGGUCGGAGCACAACUGCGGCCACCACGAGGAUGCUGGCGUCAUCUGCUCAGAUGCUGAAGAAUCACUUAUUAAAAGCCCAGGGGACUGGCCAGAGCUGCGGCUGGCGGGCAGCUCAGGCCGGUGCUCAGGACGCGUGGAGGUCCUCCACCAGGGGACCUGGGGCACUGUGUGCGAUGACCUGUGGGACCUGGACGAAGCUGAAGUCGUGUGCCGACAGCUGGGCUGCGGUCGGGCCGUGUCCGCCCUCGGGAAGGCCCACUUUGGCCCGGGCUCUGGAGACAUCCUCCUGGACAACCUGCAGUGCUCUGGGGCGGAGCGCUAUCUGGGCCAGUGCGCCCACGCGGGCUGGUCGGAGCACAACUGCGGCCACCACGAGGAUGCUGGCGUCAUCUGCUCAGGAGAACAUAACUCUUGUGGAGGGGUCAUUUCUGGUCUCUCGGGCUCAUUUUCCAGUCCACAGUAUCCAGAAAACUAUCCAACAGACAUCCAGUGUGUUUGGGAGAUCCAUGUGGACAAAACCUUCCGCAUAGAACUCAUGAUUCCAAGUUUGAAAAUGGAAGAUGUCCUUGGAUGCCCCUAUGACUCCGUUGAAAUCUUUGAUGGCCCCAGGAUUGCCUCGCUCUCCAUGGGGAAGCUCUGUGCCUCAGUAGCUGUGAUGUUUUUCUCCUCCUCAGACAUCCUGACAGUAGUGUUCCGAAGCGAUUCUGUGAUCACCAAUACUGGCUUUUAUGCCCUGUUCAAUGCGAUUCCACAGGGUGAAAUACAAUCAGAAGAUGGACUGGAGCUGCGGCUGGUGGGCGGUUCCGGACGGUGCUCAGGACGCGUGGAGGCCUUCCACCAGGGGACCUGGGGCACCGUAUGUGAUGACCUGUGGGACCUGAAUGAAGCCGAGGUCGUCUGCCGACAGCUGGGGUGUGGGCAGGCCAUUGCUGCCCCUGGAAAGGCCCACUUUGGAGCCGGCUCUGGAGACAUCCUCCUGGACAAUAUUCAGUGUCUGGGAAGUGAGAAACACCUUGGCCAGUGCCCCAGCUCUGGCUGGUCCGACCACAAUUGUGGCCACCAUGAGGACGCUGGAGUCAUCUGCUCAGAUGCCAGGGACCGGGCACCAGAUGUGACUCCUGCACCCCCAGGAGGCAGCAACUCUUGUGGGGGAGUGAUUUCGGGUCUCUCGGGCUCCUUCUCCAGUCCUUGGUACCCAACAAACUACCCCACUGACGUGGAGUGCGUCUGGGUGAUGCACGUGGCCGAGAAGUUCCACAUACAGCUGUCAAUCCCAAGCCUAAAAUUAGAAGACAUCUAUGGGUGCCCACAUGACUUCAUUGAAGUGUUUGAUGGACAGCAAGCUGCCUCACUCUCCCUGGGCAGAUUUUGUGCUGGAGCAGAGCUCACGUUCUUCUCCUCUACAAACAUCAUGACCGCAGUGUUCAGAAGUGAUGCCAUGAUCACCAACACAGGCUUUCACGCUCUGUACAAUGCCAUUCAGCAAGAUGAAAGGGAGAGGGGUGUGUCCCUGAGACUAAUGAAUGGCAGUCGCAGGUGUGAGGGCCGGGUGGAAGUCUUCUACAAUGGCACCUGGGGCACAGUGUGCGAUGACAGCUGGGACCUGAUAGACGCCAGGGUGGUGUGCCAACAGCUCGGCUGUGGUGAAGCCUGGUCAGCCCCGGCUCAGAGCUACUUUGACAGAGGCACUGGCCACAUCAUGCUGGAUGACGUGCGGUGCACAGGAAAUGAAGCAAAGGUGUGGCAAUGCGUGCACAAUGGAUGGUUUUCCCACAACUGCGGGCACCAUGAGGACGCCAGUGUCAUCUGCUCAGGUGUUGAUGGCGGUCCAAACAUAGGACCAGCAGGCUCCACUGGUGGCAGCCCCCCUGCAGGUGAAAAUUUCCAUUGUGGUGGUUUGCUCACUAAUAAUUCGGGCUCCUUCUCCAGUCCUUGGUACCCUGAGAAAUACCCUCCAAACACGGUGUGUGCCUGGGACAUACAAGUGGAUAUCAGGGCUCGUAUCAAACUUACGUUUGAAGUGGUGAAGAUGGAAGAUUUCUACGGCUGUCCGUACGACUUCGUUGAAAUCUUUGAUGGCCCACAGAGCGAAACUUUUUCUCUGGGGAGGUUCUGUUCCAGCACAACCCCGGUAUUUACCUCCUCCUCAAAUCGCCUGACGGUCGUCUUCCACAGCGACGCCAUCGUCACCAACACUGGUUUUCACGCCUCCUAUGAAUCCCUUGUGCCAGAUGAGAACAGUACUGGUGUGGCCAUCAGGCUGAGCAGAGGCAGCCACAGGUGUGAGGGCCGCGUGGAGCUGCACUUCAACGGCAGCUGGGGGACAGUGUGUGACGACAGCUGGGACCUGCGUGAUGCCCAGGUGGUCUGCAGGCAGCUGGCCUGUGGCAGGGCGGUGUCGGCCCCUGGGAGGGCACAUUUCCACCGAGGCCUGGGCCCCAUUGCUCUGGACGACGUGGAGUGUGUGGGCACUGAAGCCAGGCUGUGGCAGUGCGUGCACAAUGGCUGGUUCUCCCACAACUGCGGCCACCACGAAGAUGCCGGCGUCGUCUGCUCAGCCUCCCUGCCUUCCUCGGCACCAUCAGCUGCUGCGAGCUACUCGACUUCAGCAUCUUUUCCUGAGCUGACAGAGGGGCCCACACCAGCAGGUCUGGGCCUGCGGCUGGUGAAUGGGUCAAGCAGGUGUGAAGGCCGAGUAGAAGUCUACCACGCCAACACCUGGGGCACUGUGUGUGAUGACAGCUGGUCCAUACGGGAUGCCCACGUGGUCUGCAGACAGCUCGGCUGUGGCCUGGCUGUGUCUGCCCUCCCAGGGGCCAGCUUCAGCCCUGGGUCAGGCAGCAUCCUCCUGGAUGAUGUCACCUGCACAGGGAGGGAGUCCUCCCUGGGGCAGUGUCCUCACAGUGGCUGGUUCAGCCACAACUGCGGGCACCACGAAGAUGCUGGCAUCAUCUGCUCAGCAGAUUCUGCAGCUGCUGGACCUCCAGGUAUCUUUUCUUCAGCUCCUACAAAACAGCCACGUGUUUCCCAUCUAAUAGCUACGGAAGCUGCCGCAGAACCCGCAGAAACAGCUCCUGCAGUUGAAUCUCUGAGUAUUGCUAUAACCACCUUACCAGCUUCAGUUUCAACCACUGUGACGGCCACACCAGGUAUUUCUUCAACCUCAGCAGAAGUGGCCUCUCCAUCUGAUGAAUUUUCGAACUCAGAGGAAAUGGACACCCCCUCUGAUGAAUCUUUAAGCCCAGAAGAAAUGGACACCCGCUCUGAUGAAUCUUUGAGCCCAGAAGUAGUGGACACCCCCUCUGAUGAAUCUUUAAGCCCAGAAGAAGUGGACACCCGCUCUGAUGAAUCUUUGAGCCCAGAAGAAGUGGACGCCCCCUCUGAUACAACUCCCACUUCUGACCCAGAACCGCCUUCACCAAGCAAGGUCUCUGCAGUCUACAGUAGGCCUGAUCUGAUUUCAACAAAAGUGACACCUUCACCUGUUACAAUUUCAUUUGGUGAAGAAAUGGUCCCUCUACCUGCCCCGGGCUUGCGCCUGGCAGGCGGGCGCAGCCGCUGCGAGGGCCGCGUGGAGGUCCUGCACCAGGGCCUGUGGGGCACUGUGUGCGACGACCACUGGAACAUCCGCAACGCACGCGUCGUGUGCCGCCUCCUGGGCUGCGGUCGCGCGCUCGGUGCCCCUGGGCGCUGCCCCUUCGGCCCAGGCUCAGGGCCCAUCCUGCUGGACGACGUGCGCUGCGCUGGCACCGAGGACGCGCUGGGGAGCUGCGCCCAUGCUGGCUGGGGUCGCCACAACUGCCGGCACCGCGAGGACGCAUGCGUGCUGUGCGCAGGUCCGGCUGACUCUGUGGUUCCCAAGGGCAAUGCCCAGCUCUCCUGCUUGCCUCACCUCUUCCAAGUCACCAUUGACCGAGGCUAUCUCCGGAGGCUGGGCUACUCCUCCUGGGACAUCCACUUAAAUGACGAGCUGUGUCGCCCCCAAGUUAGGGGGCGAUACCUGAUCUUCAGCAUUCCCUAUGGCCGCUGUGGAACCAUCAGACAGGAAAGCGUCGGCUCCCACAGCUACUCCAACUCCAUCAGCGGCCGCAUUCGGGGCCACCCUGGCCGAGUCAUCGUGCGGCACAAGGUGCCUCAGCUGAAGUUUACCUGCAGGGUGGACGGCUCGUCGGCAGUUGAAAUUGUUCCCGGGGCUGAUGUCCCAUGGGAGGGUGCCAGCUACGAUGUAUCCAUAUCGUUCCUCGAGUCGCCCGUGGCCCAGCAUGUGGGACACAGGGGGCCACCCUACGCCAGUCAGACGAAAGAGGUCUUCCUCCAGGCCACGCUCCACAGCCCUGAGCCCAACCUGAGGCUGAUUGUAGAUACCUGUGUGGCUUCUCCAGAUCCCCGUGAUUUCACAACUGUCAAGUAUGAUUUGAUCCAGCAAGGGUGCAUCAAAGACAAUACCUAUGUCAACCUCCAUUCCCCCCAGAAGAACGUGGCCCAGUUCAAAUUCAACACCUUCAGCUUUCUCACCAGCUACGAUGUCGUGUACCUGCAGUGUAAGGUCACCGUGUGCAAAGCGGGGGAUCGUUCUUCCCGCUGCUCCCAGGGCUGUGCAGGGCGGAGCAAGAGGGGUGCAGGCCCCAGGGAGGCCGCAGGGGAGCAGGCGGAGCAUUUCCAAAUGGUGGGGCCACUGGAAAUCCACAGAGGAACUGGGCAGAGCAAGACCCUCGUAUGAUUUCUCCAGCUUUCACAUGAAUCUGUUAGAAAUUAGAAACGAAGUCUGUUUCUCUUCAGUAAAAUAGUAAGCUUGACAAAACAGAGAUUGUCCACAUAGAGACAGGUAAAAGAAACAGCUAAAGAGGUUCUCUCUGAA